GGUCUGUUAGAAGUUCAAUUGAUUGUGUUAUGUCGGAAUACUUACACUGCGUCCAGCAUUUCAAAUUCCAGCCAAAAAUCUUUUAUUAAUAUGAGAUCCAGAGCUGUUGACUGAUUCCAUCCGCAUUAAAGUGCUUGGAUUACUGUCCCAGAAGAAUUUCUGUUAAAGAAACUGUAAAUUCAACUAUAUUUCUUACAUGGCAGGAAACUUGAUUUUCAGAUGUUUUCUAAUUUUAUUUUAAGAUUAUCAUCAUAUCAGAAUCUAUUCAGUUAAAUAUUUUUUUGUAAAGCUGACAUUCCAACUUGCUGCAACGUGUCACCUAUUAUUUGUAUCUUAACUUGUAUAUGGGGGCUGGUGUUGUGAAGGCUGAAGGGAGGGGGAGGCAACCUUCUAAUUUAUCUCCAAGUUAUUUUUCACCAAGCCAUCCACCCAGAACUGAUGCAGCAGCUGUUUUAAGUAACCAGCCUGGAAUGUCUUGUGAGUCCUGUACUGCUCAGUUCAAUACAUUUAAGAGAAAGAAAACCUGUUGCCACUGUGGUCGAUAUUUCUGCUCAUCUUGCUGCCAGCGACAAUGGAACACUAUACAGCCUGUUCGGCAGUGUCAUAAGUGUCAGAUUUUAGCUUCUGGAAAUUUUACUCGCAGUGACUUGAUGCAGUGGAAAAUCAAAGAUUUACAAGUGUUUCUCAAUAAGAAAAACAUAUCUACAAACACCUGUACCGAAAAAUAUGAUUUGGUUGAAUUACUUGUGUGUCAUUUUGGUCAGGAAACUUACCAACCACCACAUACAUACUUCCGAUAUCAACUUGAUAUGGAAUCAGAUGAAGGGCGUGUUCAUCCUCGAAUCUCUUCUAAUGGAGUUGAAGAUUCUGCCGAGGAAGAAUCGCAAGAGGGAGGCAGCAUGCAUAUCUACACAUCACACAGUCGUAACAAUCACACCAGUGAGGGAUUAAGUAGUAGCGCUACAUUGAUAACACAAUCUUGGGAUAACAGUCAGGGAAGUCGAUUGCCAUUAAGAUCAACCAACGAUACUGCACAGAGUUCCAGCCUCCCAUGUUUUUCACCGUCCAAACCUGCAUAUAUUAAUCUUAACACCAUUGACAAUAUAGAAGCAGUUGCUAACUUGACUGUCAAAGAAUUAAAAGAAAUACUUUCGUUUCAUUUUGUUGACUAUAAGGGGUGUGUAGAAAAAUGGGAACUUUUAGACAGAGUUCGGAGAUUAUGGGAAGCUCAGAGACAACAGAAAAAAGACCCAGAUUCUCCAGUUUUAAAUGAUGAUGAAAUGUGCAAGAUUUGCAUGGAUUCCCCAAUAGACUGUGUCCUUUUGGAGUGUGGUCAUAUGGUGUCCUGCACUCAGUGUGGCCGUAAACUUAAUGAAUGUCCAAUAUGCCGACAGUACGUAGUACGUGCAGUGCAUAUAUUCAAAGCCUAAAGGAUUUCUAAGAUAAUAAUCAGUUAUGUAAUUUAUGUAUAACUAUGGUCCAAUAUUAAAUAUAGACUUGAACGAAAACAUUUUGAGGUGAAAAAAAGGCAAAAAUCCAUUAUUUUACAGUCAGUCUCCAUAUGAUUCUGAUCUUUUUAUUUACUAUUAAGAAAAAAAAAUGACCAUUUUCUUGUAUUUAAUUUUUCCCAUCAAUAUGAUUUUUUUUCAUGAAACAUUCCUUCAGUAUCCAAUCAUUUUUUUAACCCUUUAUGUUACAUCUUUCACAUUAUGUGGAAUUAAAUAAAUGUUAAGCACUUACUUUAAGAGAGGAAAGUAAGUAUUAUUUCAUCUUCAUUUUAAAAUCUAUUUUUCCCAUGCUGGCAUGGGUUGGAUGGAUCUGCAAUACAACAUCUUUUUCUGGGUCUCGAUAUUAUGUCAUCUCAUCUGUGAGGCUCAACAUUCUCAGGUUUGAUCUAACUACUUCUUCCCAAGUCUUCCUUGGUCUACCUCUACUGCGGGUAUUUUCCACCAUCAACUCAGUCCAUUUUCAUCCUGCAUGCAUUAUCCGUCAACAUUAAAUGUCCAUACCAGCAUAGUUCUCUCUUUUUUCUGCCCACAUCGACCAAUGCCUUUGAUGCCCAGUUGCUUUCUCAACCCACUCAUGUCCAACAUUUUAUGUCAAUAACUAUUGCACAUCAAGCAGGUCAUACUCAAUUCCUUCCUUAACCAAUUGCUGCAGAUCCUCUGCAUUCACUGCCAUACAAGCAUACCAUUUCUGACACAUGCUUUAUAGAGUCUGCCUUUCAUAGGCAGAGAAAUAUUUUAUUUCCAUCAGAGGCGGCAGUUUUCUAAGCUUUUUUCAGACCCCUUUAUUUUUCCCCCUUGAAUCAUACUGUCUCCAGAUCCAUUUGAAACAUUGGUAACACUUAGUUAACAGACCUUACAAUCCUCUUCGACUAAGUCUGCCCCUGUCCUUAUCUUCCAUCACUGGUCAUACUGUUAGCAUCUGAAGCGCUUAAAUUUUUACUUCCCUGCCAAUCUAUCUGCUAGAGAUGACACAUCUUUUUGUUUAUGCAUUA